GUGUUGACAGCGCAAAUGCCCAGUUCUUCACGCGCCUUGGAAGACAGCCGGAAACCGAGGAGCUAUACUCGCGGACAACGUUUCUUGGCCGUGAAGCGAAGGCUACGGAAACCAAGCGCGCCUCUUUCAACGCUGCUAGCCAUGACAGGCGUCGUAUUGCUGCGAGAUUUCGAAUGCGGCAUCCCCAAGGACCUGCGGGUUACUUUCGUCGACGAGUUGCCGGAGGAUGCACUGUGUAUUCAGUGUGACAACGUGUCGGCCCAAUUGUACAGAGACUUGCUUGGCCAUGGCUACUGCACGUCCUGUCGUGCCAUGUGUGAGCGAGGCGGGGCCUUCGCGUGCGCUACUUGUGAAAAGGCAUACAAAACUUGGGAGCUUACGGCAGAUUUUUCAGCACCAGACAAAAUAAAAAAAUUGAGAGUCAUCUGCCCCAAAUCGAGUGAACGUGAACCUGUACCCAUAACCUUCAGCGCCCUAAAGGCCCACCUCAAGCAAUGCUUUUGUAAUGAGGUCGCUAAGAAAACUGAAGGGUCGAGUACACGCUCUUACGCCACGGUUCUCUCGCCCCCACUAUCAGCAAAUCAACAAAGUGCCGCAUACUCGGCUGACAAGAAAGAAGAAACCAUCGUCGUAAAGGUCAGCGUGUGCCCCCUGUGCAACGAUGGGAUGCCCAGGAAACUCAUGAGAGGUCACAUGAAAGAAUGUUUUCAAAAGCUGCAAGACAGCUUCCUCUACGAGGUGUCGCUCCCUGAGCAAGAAAUUUCGGAGAGCUUCAAUGGCACUGGGCGACAUGACACUUUCGAUGACGUUGGGAUGUCGCAUGCAGCUAACAAGUUCACUGCGGCGCACACCAGUCCUUUCGCAAGCGGCGUUUGUUCUUCUAGGCAAGAGCAUCCUGUGUCUUCAACCGAAUCCUCCAAGCUCGCUCGUCUGCUGCAAGAGGCUCUCUCGAAGAUAUCCCAUCUGGAAAAGGAAGUAGCAGAGCUUAAAAAGGUGGCUAACAAAGAAAAGGGCGUGAUGGAGAUGCUCCAAGUUGCAGUGCCAGCAAUACAAGGAGACAUGAGGAACGUCCAAAUUCGAUGUGAAAAACGCAUUGCAAUAUCGGAAAAGUCACUCAAGGAAUGUCACGGCUCCCUCCAAGAAGCUUUGUCCGUUAUCAGCGAAGAGACAAAAGCCCGUCUGGAUGCGGUUGAAGAGUCAAUGAAAGAUAUGAACGAAAAGGUUUCCACUGUAGCCCACAGCUUGCAGGAACAAAGCCGGUAUCUGCAUGCAGCCAACCAGCUACUCUUAGACCAGUUGGAAGAGAUUACAAACAACUUCUAUAAUGUGCUCAACUUCGUUAAUGAGGGUCAAGGAAAGCAGGCUCACGGGCAUUCCAAAUAGUUUGAUCCUGAGCACUGAGAUCAACACAGUGUUUGCUAGAAGCAUGCUACGGAGAAAUAAAUUUAUUUUGUAAUUUUUUUUCAA